AUGCCACUCCCAGGACGUAUUGAAACUCUUCACGUCAACGCUUCCAAGAAAAUUCCAUAUAUUGAUGAAAAGAAAUCACCCUCCGAAUACUUUAAAGAUGGUGCCGCUUUUCUCAAAAUGGCAGGACAGUACAAAAAGCUUUGUGAUUUUGAAAAUUGUUAUGUCAAUUUAUACGCCUAUGAAUUAUUGAUUAGUAUAAAAUUACCCAAUGAACAUCCAUUAAUUAACCAAGAUCCAUACAGACAAGAAUUGGAAUAUAAUUUACAAAAAUUACAAGCCAUUCGUGAAGAAAAGAAUCAAGUCUUGGAAGAGAUUUUCAAAAAGUAUCCUGAAGAGAGGAACUCUCCUGCCUUGAAACAGAGUGUUACGACUGCAACUACUGGCACUAUCAAAAAAGUACCACCUCCAUUGCCAUCAUCAUUACAAAAAACAACAUUACCUCCACCUCCUUUUAAAGGAACGACCUCAACUUCUACUUCAACUACUACUACUACGACCUUACCUCCACCUCCUCCCAAGUCUUUAAUGAAUCAACAACAUCAACAACCACCAACUCAAAACACCUCUUUAUAUUCUUCAUUUGUGGAUCAAGGUAUUUCAUCAUUUCAAAACAAGGUUAAAAGUUCCACAACAACAACAACAACAAAAUUACCACCUCCACCUCGACCCUCUUCACAACAUGGUCAUCUUGAUUCUGACUUGACACAUAAUGAACAACGUGUCUACAAUGGCAUUGGUCAUGUCGUGAACAAUGAACAAGUUCAAGAAAAAGUCGGUCAAGGUGUUGCCAAUCUCGCUCAAAAUGAAAAAGUUCAAGAACGUGUUUCUUCAGCUGUUUCAAAUGCCUCUACCAAUCGAGAAUAUCAAAAAUCAGUUGGAAAUAUGAUUGCCAAGAAUACAGAUAAUCAAUUUGUAUCCUCUCUUGCACAGAAUGAAAAGGUUCAACAAUCCGUUGGAAAUGUUCUUGCUAAAACAGCAGGAAACAAAGAAGUGCAACAAAAGGUUGGAAAUGCUGUUGCCAAUGCUGCUACCAAUAAAGAAGUGCAAAAGAAGGUAGCCAGUGGAUUCAUGUCUGUAGCCAAAGGAGCUGUGAAAGGUGCCAAAGUAGGUGGUAGUUUGGCCGUUCAAGGUGGUAAAGCUUAUUGGGAAUCACAAAAGAAUAAGAAUGAGACUGAACAUGAUGAAGCCGAUGAUAUGUUACAAUAUCAAAAGUAA